GAGGAAGAACACAAGCAACACAACACAACAAGCCUCUUCCUCCAGAUGCACACUUUUCUCUGAGACGCUUUGGACUCUUUGGAUCCACUCAGGACUCUGGACUGAGCAUGGAUCAGAGAGAUCACAGAGAGGACGCAGACCCUCCCACCACCAGCAGGGCGGCGCUGGGAAGUGAACACUCUAUUGACCGAUACAUUGAUUUUAAAAAGGAGCCUGGUCCACAGAUCCACCAGAAACAUUCUCCAUCUGAACCUGGUCCCAGCUGUGAGUCCCUCAGGAGUGACUGGUCUAUGUCACAUCCCAUUGCUUUUGCCACAGAGCAAGUGGAACAGACGGAUCCAGAGGUCUCCAGUGGUCAGCACCAUCACACACAGCUGGACUCCAUAUUUAAGCUUCUGGAGGAGGACAUCUUCACUUUUGUCCAGAAGAAGCUGAAGACGCUCCACAAGGUUCUGAGUACAGAUUACCCAGAAUGUUUAGAGCCUGUGGAGGAUGAGGAUGAAGAGCAGAGGAGCAGCAGUGAGGCUGUUCUGAAGAUCACACUGAACUUCCUGAGGAGGAUGAAGCAGAAGGAGCUGGCUGAGCGUCUGUGGAGCAGGAGUUAUUCUGGAGUUUAUCGGCGUAAACUGAAGUCUGACCUGCAGCAGAAGUUUGAGCGUGUGUUUGAGGGCAUCGCUAAAGCAGGAAACCCCACCCUUCUGAAUGAGAUCUACACAGAGCUCUACAUCACAGAGGGAGGGUCUUCAGAGGUCAACCAGGAACAUGAGGUCAGACACAUGGAAACAGCCUCCAGGAAACCAGACCCAGCAGAGACAACCAUCACAUGUGAAGACAUGUUUAAAGGCCCAGCUCACACACAUGGACCAAUCAGAACAGUGCUGACAAAGGGAGUGGCUGGCAUCGGAAAAACAGUGCUCACUCAGAAGUUCACUCUGGACUGGGCUGAAGGCAAAGCCAACCAGGACAUACAGCUGCUGUUCCCGUUCACUUUCAGAGCACUCAAUGUGCUGAAGGAGAGAAGCUUCAGCUUGGUGACACUUGUUCAUCACUUCUUUAGUCAAACACAAGCAGAACUCUGCAGCUUUGAAGACCUCCAGGUGCUCUUCAUCUUUGACGGUUUGGACGAGUGCAGACUUCCUCUGGACUUCACCAAAACCAAGGCCCUGACCGACCCCACAGAGUCGGCCUCAGUGCACGUGCUGCUGGUAAACCUCAUCAGGGGGAGCCUGCUUCCCUCCGCUCGCCUCUGGAUAACCACACGACCCGCGGCAGCCAAUCAGAUCCCUGCUGAGUGCAUCUCCAUGGUGACAGAGGUCAGAGGGUUCACCGACCCACAGAAGGAGCAGUACUUCAAGAAGAGGUUCAGAGACGAGGCCGACACAAUCAUCUCCCACAUCAAGACGUCCAGAAGCCUCCACAUCAUGUGCUACAUGCCGAUCUUCUGCUGGAUCACUGCCACAGUCCUGGAACAUGUGUUGAAAAGCAGAGAGAGAGGAGAGCUGCCCAAGACCCUGACUCAGAUGUACAUCCACUUCCUGGUGGUUCAGGCCAAAGUCAAGAACAUCAAGUAUGAAGAAAGAUCUGAGACAGACCCACACUGGAGUCCAGAGAACAGAAAGAUGGUGGAGUUUCUGGGAAAACUGGCCUUUGAGCAGCUGCAGAAAGGAAACCUGAUCUUCUACGAGAGUGACCUGAGCGAGUGUGGGCUGGACGCUGCAGCAGCCUCAGUGUACUCCGGAGUGUUCACACAGGUCUUUAGAGAGGAACCAGGCCUGUACCAGGACAAGGUCUACUGCUUCAUCCAUCUGAGUGUGCAGGAGUUCCUGGCUGCUCUUCACGUCCAUCAAACCUUCAUCAACACUGGGAUCGACCGUCUCUUAGAUAAACUAACAUCAUCAUGGACAAAAUUUUUCAGCAAUAAAUCAGUGCAGUUUUACCAGACAGCUGUGGACCAGGCCUUACAGAGUCCAAAUGGACACCUGGACCUGCUCCUCCGCUUCCUCCUGGGACUUUCACUUUCGACCAAUCAGAGCUUUCUGCAAGGUCUGCUGACACAGAGAGGAAAUAGCUCCCAGACCAAUCAGAAAACAGCUGAGUACAUCAAGAAGAAGCUGAGUGAGGAUGUGUCUGCAGAGAGGAGCAUCAACCUGCUCCACUGUCUGAAUGAACUGAAUGAUCGUUCUCUGGUGGAGCAGAUCCAACAGUACCUGAGUUCAGGACGUCUGUCUGAAGGUGGACUGUCUCCUGAUCAGUGGUCAGCUCUGGCCUUCAUCUUACUGUCAUCAGAAGAAGAUCUGGAGCAGUUUGAUCUGAAGAAAUACUCUGCUUCAGAGGAGGCUCUCCUGAGGCUGCUGCCAGUGGUCAAGGCCUCCAACAAAGCUCUACUGAGCAGCUGUAACCUGUCAGAGAGAAGUUGUGAAGCUCUGUCCUCAGUCCUCAGCUCCCAGUCCUCUAGUCUGACAGUCCUGGACCUCAGUCAUAAUGACCUGAAAGACUCAGGGCUGAAGAUGUUGUCUGUUGGACUGAAGAGUCCUCACUGUAAACUGGAACAGCUCAGACUGUCAGGUUGUCUGGUCUCAGAGGAAGGCUGUGUUUCUCUGGCCUCAGCUCUGAGGUCCAAUCCCUCCCAUCUGACAGAACUAGACUUGAGCUUCAACCAUCCAGGAGACACAGGAGUAAAGCUCCUGUCUGCUCUACAGGAGGACCCCCACUGCACACUGGACACUCUCAGACUGGAGCCUGCUGGAGCUGAGUGGUUAGUACCAGGACUCAGAAAAUAUUUCUGUGAUCUCACUCUGGAUCCAAACACAGCUCACAGAAACCUCAAACUGUCUGACAACAACAAGAAGGUGACACUUGUGAGAGAGCAGCAACUGUAUCCAGAUCAUCAGGACAGAUUUGAGCACAGGCCUCAGAUUCUAUGUUCAACUGGUCUGACUGGUCGAUGUUACUGGGAGGUCCAGUGGAGCGAACGGGUUCGUGUAUCAGUGUCUUACAGAGAAAUCACAAGAAAAGGAGACAGUGUUAACGGUUUGUUUGGACGCAAUGAUCAGUCCUGGACUCUGAAGUGUUCUAAAGAUGGUUUCUCUGUUUGUCAUAAUAACAUUCAAACUCCCCUCCGUCAGCCCUGGUCCUCCUCUUCUGGGAGAGUAGCAGUGUUUGUGGACUGUCCUGCUGGUUCUCUGUCCUUCUACACAGUUUCCUCUGACCAACUGACCCACCUCCACACCUUCAACACCACAUUCACUCACACUCUGCUCCCUGGGUUUACGCUCUGGUCUGACUCCUCAGUGUCUCUGUGUGCUCCUUUGGAUUAACAGAAUCUUCACUUUUCAUGUCUCUAAAUCAGAUCAUCCAUAGAUUGAUUCAUAGUUGUUUUUUCACUCUCAUUUCGCUGAUACUAGGCCUCAGUUUGAUCCCAGGUGGAUCAUGAGCUACAUUUACUCAUGUGUUCCAUCAAAUUCUAUUUGUAAGAAUCAUUUUAUAACCCCAACAUUUUCCUUUGAGAAAAGUUUUAUGUUGACAAUUGUAUCAUAUCAAAUGUGUCUUGUUUUGGCUUCACUUUGUUUUUGAAAUGUCUCUGGAUGAAUGCAGAAUAACCAUCAUGACCAAAACAUGAAGUAGAGUUUAUGUGUUACACUUAAUCACCAAAUACUUUUAUCGUAUUUUCCGGGCUAUUAGGUGCUCUGGAUUAUAAGACACACUGUCAUUAAAUGGUCUAUUUUCAAACUUUUUUCACAAAUAAACCGCACCGGACUUUAAAGGAAACCCAACAGUGUGAUGGGUGAGUGGUUUUGUUUGUUUGUUCGUUCACGGUGACUCUGGGAUUUGUUCAGUUGUAGGGAGGGUGCUGUCUGGGACCAACAGAUUGUCGGUGUGUUCGCAGGUGACUCAGUUGUUCAGUUGUGUCUAGAAGUGGCACAUUGCACUCGCUUUUUCGCUUCGUUCCUCCGUUCCGUUCCUCGUCAGCGUGGAGUGAUGAGUGUGUCUGUGGGUGUGUUUUGCUGUGCGGUCGCUGUCUGCUCCGUGUGUGUUCUGUGGGUGGUGUGGCUUUGUAGUUUACUGAAGUCGUGCUGGGACACCCUAGUGGAUUCGUGUAUAGGGCGCUCUGGAUUGUGGGGUGUGCGGUCGUUUUUUGAUGGGGUUGGAGGCUUAAGAGCGCGUCUAAUAGCCCGGAAAAUACAGUUGUUUUACUUGAGCAGUUUAUUUGAACAUCAUUGGUUUACUUUUAUUCACAGUACUUUUACUCGAGUGUGGGACAGACUAUGUUUUGAGGCAUAAGAGCAGAAGGACAAAGGGAACAGGGGAGUCUUUUUUCUUUUGGGGUCUUUUUCUGGGCUUUUUUUGUGAGGGACAUUUUGGGGUCUAUGUUUGGUCUUUGUCCAGUUGGCUUCGUCCUCUUAGUUUCCUCUUAGUGUUUUGUUGUUCAUCAAACUUGGACCAUCAAUAAAUGCAUUCUUAUUGUGCAUUAGAACUGCCUCCAGUGGAUUCUUUUUUAUGUCUCAAAGUGAUUUCAGUCGAGUUGAACAGAAAACAAACCAAGAGUAUGAACAACUCCACAAACAACCCAACAGCCACAUGCCCAGAGUGAGGAGUGGUUUCCAUCAGAAGAACACGAGGAGAUUUGGUCACACUUUAGAAUAAGACACACCUACAAAUCAUUUGGAAAUGUUUAUUCACCAUCAACUCAUCAUUUACUGAAAAUGACCCAUAAAAAGGUCUUGGGCUCAAUGCUGCUCUGUGAUUGGUCCAAUUAACCGUACA